AUGGACGAGUUGUUUACGCCAAUAAGCACGACCUAUCUCAAGGCAGCUAAGGACCGAGAUGACGAAACUCUCUUCACGGAAUCGAAGCCAUCAGGGCAUGCACAUGCUCAAGCUCAGCCCGUCCAGAUAACGACCCCAGACGCGGCAUUGGAUGGCCUGAAAGCCCAACCGGACUAUGACCAGCUCAUAUCGAUUUUGGAGUGCCUUUGUCGUUCCCCGGGAGCCACCAGUCCGUUCAGCCUUCACACGCCAAGUCCGACGAGCGCUGCAAUCAUUCACACCCUGGUGACUGAAAUUGCGCCCAAUUACUGGAUCGUUCUCCAGGAUCAUUCCAAUGAGGACGAUGCAGGUGUGCAUGACCUGGAGCUUUUCGUCGACUGCUUGCGCAGCGUGGCUGGCAUCAAUGCCCUGGUGGCCAAUGUGAAAGCGCUGCUGCAGGAGAUCAAACUGUCGGCUAGGGAUUCAAAGAGACCAGACUCGAAGCUGCACAUCUCGAUAUUCAUUGAGCUGCUAGCAACCGUGCUUCACGGCAACACAGCUAUCAGGCGUGUGUGGUUUGCCUCGACCACCGGACUCCACAGCGAGGCUCUUAGAACCGCACAGAGCCAGUCGCUGCUGUCGAUAUUGACGAGUGGCAAGUUGCUCUCUGUAGCUGCGGAGGCUGUUUCCGUCAUUGGUCAUGAUGGCGUGAAGCAGGACUGUCGGUGGCUUGCAGAUGGACCUGACUUCAGUCGCUGGCUUGGUAGUAAUAUUGUAGCUUGUGUCAGGAGCCAGCAUCAAGAGCCGCCGCUUCUAUUCUGCUCUAGCCUGUUUCAUAGAGGACUCUCUCUUGGUUACGCAGACAAUUUGAUCGAGACUCUAACCAACGACCUGCUUCUCCACCAAGACGGUGACCCAGAGCUGUUUGGCAACGUGUGCCUCAGUUCGCCAUCACAAACACGAAAGGUCCUAGCAACUUUACUGCAACAUCUCUCAGCCAGGUUCUUGGACAGCCUAGCGCUCCAGCAAGAUGGCUCUGACCCGACCAUCGCAGCUGUCGCUGGCCUCAUACACUCUGUCACAAAGGGUCACGACAGUCGCGUGCAGGAGUUGGUGCGAUGGUGCACCUCUGCUUCCGGAGCAGGUCUCGGACAUGCCACUGCUCUGCGUAGAUCCGUCAUCGCAGUGCUCGCGCAGGAUAGAGAUGUCACCACGGAUGUUCUGGAGAAGAGCCUCGCGCAGUUUGGAGAUGGGCUUUAUAUACGACACGCCGCUAUUCUUCAGCAGGACGUGCACGCCGAGAUCCUGCUUUUGAGCGCAGGUUAUGUGUCACGAGCCUCGCCCGUCAAGCUAGCCAUGCUUCUUCGCUCAAGUGCCUACCUCGGCAGUAUCUCAAAUCGAAUUGCAGCCACGCAGGUUCGGGCACGCUUCCUCGGCAUGGUGGUGGGCGAGGUUCUCUCCUCGCUGGUGGACAGCAAGGGCCAGAAGCUUGAUUUCAAGAUGGAGGAGCUCGAUACGGAGGAUGCAGCUCGCCUCAAAGCCCUGGCCCAAGUGAAGGACGUCGUUGGGUCUUCCGAAGCCUUGCUGAGCCAAGACCUACCGGUCGUGCACAAGGUGCAAACCACACCUCAACAAUCGAAGCCGCCAAAGAAGAAGCCGAAACCGGCUCUAGAGCCAAUAACAUCUGUCAAGCCUCGUACUAUCAUCGAGAUAGUCGAUGACUCGGAUGAAGAGGAGGAGGAUGACGACUUGGUGCCGUAUGCCAAAGGCUCGGAUCCCGAGGACUCGGAUGACGAUGCGACACUCGUCCAGAGGAACAAGCUCAGGCCGCCGGUAUACGUACGUGAUCUCAUAAACUAUUUCCGGGACUCGGAGAGCUACGAGAAGCAGAAGCUAGCCCUGCAGACAGCGCCGUCGCUGCUUCGGAGGAAAGCCAAUUACGGUACUGAAGUCAGCGCGCAUGCCGAUGAGCUUGCAAACUUGAUGGUGGCUGUCCAGGACAAGUUCGAGAUGGAGGACUUUGACGAACUGAAGUUGCAGUCCCUCGUUGCUUUGGUGGUUUCUCAGCCAAAGACCAUGGGUCCGUGGUUUGCGCGGACCUUUUUUCAGGGAGACUACUCCCUGUCCCAGCGCACGACGAUCCUCGUCACUCUCGGUCUCGCUGCACGGGAGCUGGCCGGAUACGGCGAGUCCAAGCGCCAGGUCGAUGCUUUCGCGUCCAAGCGACUACCAGAGAAUAUAGAGAGGCUUUAUCUAAGCGACCAGACGCGCAGCAGCACAGUACCUGGAUCAAGUCUCAAAACCUUACCUCCGACGGCGCUAGACAACGUCACAAGGUCCCUGACAUCAACAUUCCUCGAGCCCCUCGCAGCAGAAGCAGCCGACACGUCACUGGGGCCCGACGCUCUGAAGCUACAGACCUUCACCAAACGCUAUAAGUCAUCCGCAGGGAAGAAACCCCGUGUUCGCGCCAUACCCAACACCACAGCGGCCGUGCUCGCCGGGUCCUUCUUCUCGCCAUUGACAGCACACUUCCAAGUCGCCCUUCGAUCCGCCAAGCCUGUCGUACUCAACCAGGUCCUGCUUGGCGUCUACCUUCAGACUCUUGGGGUCAUUAUCCACGCGGCUGGGCCAUCGACACUGUCGCUGCCGCAACUGACGUCCGAGCUGUGGGAUCUUCUGUUGAGUGUACGGCAGCAUGUCCUUGGAGCGCUGAGUUCACUCAAGGGCUGGCACGUGGCCAUGUCGUCCUUGAUAGCCGUCAACGAGGGCGACAUGCGGGGCCUGUGCCAGUCACAAGGUCGCCAAGUAGUCGAGACGCGGGAAUGGGUGAGCGGCGUGUUUGAGAGGACUCGGGGCGAUGACGGCGGCGAGGAGAAUGAGGUGAAGAUGCUGGCUGCUGGUGUGUUAAUCAGACUGGGGGAGGCGAUGGAGAAGUACCAGGCGCUACUCAUGGGGGAUAUGAUCGGAUUUUGA